AUGACUCAAAAACAAAUAUAUUCCUUCGUCAAUUGGACCCCACACAUGACACCAGUGAAUAUAAUUCAACCAAUCAUGAUUUCCGACUUAAAACACUCUCACAAAAGCCCCAUAGUGGGUAUACGGUGGAGAUCUCCGUUCCACGAUUUCAACGAAACAGGCAAGCUCGUGGAAACUUGCGAUGGAAAAAUUUCCAUGCAGUUUGAAACUUGCGGCUUGGACGGGACGAUUUUCCUAUGGGAUAUGUCGCAAAAACCGGAAAUCCUCACUGCUUCAACCAUAAGGAGAUUCAAAUUGAAAAGGAAAUCAAGCGCCUUAAAAAUUGUGGAGUCGCCCUAUAAAAAUCUAGAUUUAAAACCGAUUUACACGGUUUUGUUGAAGAGGAAUGAAAGAAGUUUGAUUGUCACUCAUAUGACCAUAAGCAAAUAUUCGAACUUGGUAUACGAAGGAGAAUUGGAUGAAACUAGGCUAAGAAUUGAAGAUAAGGUGACAUUUAAACCAGUUAUACAUCGGGAAUACGCCCAUAUAAAAUGGGACGGGCAAGAAGAAACAGAAGACGAAGAAAUUCAACCAGAACCGUGUAAAUUCAUAAACUACGGUUGUUACCAUGAUGGACCCAUCACGCAGACCGCCAUAAGCGAUAAUGGUACUGUUUUGACGGUUGGUGGCAGUGUUUUCGCCCUAUGGAAAGACACUUUCCAGUUUUCCCCGAUAUUGUGGAGAAAAUGUAACGAUUAUGUCUGCGAAGGAAGAUGGCACAGUAAUAACCAAGCGAGAUUCAAUAUAGUGAAGAAUAAUGGCUUCGUGGAGCACUGGAUGUUGCACAAGGAUAGUUACAGGUGUUUGGAUGAAUUGGUGGUGAAUAAUGGGAGUAUUUUUGUAUGGAAAGAGCACCCGAGGCAUUUCAAGAACCACGUGGUGGGCGUUGGAGAUGAAUAUGGUAACUUUAGGUUGCACAACAUGGAGAAGAUGGCCGAUAACGGUAAGGAUGUAGAGGAUUUUGGUAAGUUUAUUGAUAAAGAAAUAGCUGUAAGGCAAAACUUUAAAAUAUGGCAAUCAAAAUGGUCUGACAAGCACAAAUCAAAUGAGGAAGCUAAAAGAGAAACGAAAAAAGUAUCCAUUUACAGAGGCGAGUCAUCAAAAUCAAUCGUCUCCAAGCCAAAGUUAACUCCGUUUGAAUUGGCAAAAAUACAAUGGGACAAAGAUGAUAAAAAAAGAAUUAAGGAAACAGUAAGGAAUAAAACACGUUUGGACAUAACGGAGUUAAAGAUGCUUAAAGAACCUUACGAGGUAAUUCAGAGAGACAAACAAGAAAAAAAGCAAAAACUAUUAAGCCACGCCAAGAAAGGCGACGAAAUUUUAGAAAACACCCUAGAAACAAUAUUCCCCCAGUUCAUGAAGACCCUGAAAACCAACGUUGAAGACCCUUACGCCCCCGGUUACACAACGGACGAGAAAUCCGAGUGCUUCAACUCUUUCCAAAACAUUUGCCACGAAGCUAAAACCUUUAUAGAAGAAAACCCAUACACCUACGAGUUCAACAUGAACGACGUCAUAAAGAAAUUCAAAAACAGAGCGAAAUCACUGCACGAACAAGACGAGGAGGUGCAUCCGCACAAACUUAGGUUAAUCGAAGAAAGAAAACAGAAGAAAAUCGAGGAAGAACAGCGACGACUGGCGGAAGAAGAGGAACGAAGAAGGCAGGAAGACUUGGCUGAAAUCGAAAGGAAGAAAAUCAAGCGAAAGCCCAAGAAAUCUGCCAAAGAAAAAAAACCUGCUGAAAAAGUUGAAGCAACUAAGGCAAUGAAGACUGAAGAAAUUAAAAAUGAGAAAGUUGACGAUAAGCCUGCAGAACUUAAAAAUAAUUAA